CUUGACAGCUCUGAGCUCACACAGAAAUACCUGCUCAUAUUAUAGGGAGUUAGGGACGAGUGUUGAAUAGUAAUAAUAUUACGUGGCGCCGCAAAUUGUUUAUUUCUUGAGUGUAAAAUGAAGAAAUUUAACAUUCUCGGCUCAUUGCUACUUCUAGUGAUUUUUUUCAAUAUAAGCUAUGCUUAUUUUAUUACUGUUGACGCUCAUUCCGAGGAAUGCUUCUUUGAUAGAGCUGAAUCCGGAACAAAAUUAGGCCUAAUGUUUGAAACCGUUGAGGGUGGAUUUCUUGAUAUUGAGGUGCGUAUUACGGGGCCAGACCAGAAAGUUAUUUAUCAAGGCGAAAAGGAAUCAUCCGGAAAGUACACGUUCUCCGCCUACGAAACCGGCGUCUAUCACUAUUGUUUCAGUAACAAGAUGUCAACAUUAACACCGAAGGUUGUUAUGUUUUCGAUGGAAAUCGGUGAAGCACCAAAAGGAACCAUUGGAGCAGUAAACGAAGGAGAAGUGGGUCAUACUAAACUAGAAGAUAUGAUCAAAGAGUUAUCCGGAACACUCACCAGUAUUAAGCAUGAACAGGAUUAUAUGCACGUAAGGGAUCGAAUUCAUCGUACGAUUAAUGAGAGCACAAAUUCACGAGUUGUGAUGUGGUCUGUAUUCGAAGCACUCGUGUUAGUGGUAAUGACAGUCGGUCAAGUGUACUACCUCAAACGAUUUUUCGAAGUGAAGCGUGUAGUAUAAAAGGAGGACUGGUACAAAAAUGUGUGCAGAAUCUUUUCCCUAGUUGUAUUUUAUUUUCACUGUGUUGUAAAAUAAAACGGUUCAUUUGUGAGUCCUAACAAAA